UUAAGAGAAAUUCUUAACCUUAUUUAAAUCUAUCUCGUGUUAAAGAUAUUUUAGCAUACGAAAUGUUUUGUUAUUCGAAUCGAAGGUAAAGCGCUUGUGAGUAUGUUACAAAUAAAGAAAUCAAAUCGUUGAAAAAAAAAGGAUGGGUACACAGACUUCAAAGAGGCAGGAUGCAGGCGAUGAAAUAAUAUCGAAAAAAUCUCUCUUGGUGGUCAAAGAAAUCAUUCAUUUUCUGAAAGAACACGCACGAGAGGAAGGCCUAUUUCGUAGAGCAGGACGCCGUAAGCUCAGACAUCGAAUCUUGAAUUCGUUAAAAAAGGGAGAAAAGCCACAAUUCGAGCUCGGCGAUGAUGUUGCUCUGGAAUGCGCUGCUGCUUUGCAACUUUUUUUAAGUCGUCUGAAAAAACCCGUCAUGCCGCAACAUGUUCAAGAAUUAAUUUUGGCUGAUAAUCCUGGAGUAACGGCAGGAGUAGUCGCACGCGACGCCCUUGGUUUAAUAAGACAAGAUGUCAGUGGUCGUCAUAGCGAACUUCUGACUGAUCUUCUAGAUUUAAUUAGACAUUUGACACUUUCUGGACCGCCUUCCGAACGAACAGAAUUACAAGGAUCUCCUUUACCUAUAGCUCUUUUACCCGUGUUUUUCACGUUAAAACCAGCCGAUCUAACAAAAUGGAAACAAGUUGCUGCACGAUUCAACGAGUUAAUUACCGAAGCACCGAAACAAUUACGAACUAAUGAAAAUCGUCGCUUUGAAUCAAUGACUACAUCAAGAUUCAAUGAAAAUGAUCAAAAUGAGAUUCUACAAGAAACUGAAUUAGAGGAAUCAACAAGAUUCGGUGAACUACCUAUGCUAUAUCCUUUUAUUAGACUCGCAGAUAAUUAUAAUCGAUGCCACGCCGGAGAAAUGGCACAUAUCCUUGCAACACCUUUACAUUGGCCUCCUGCUGAUAGAUUACAUCCGUUUAUAUCACAAAGCGGUCAACAAAUUAGGAGCAACGUGUGAAUCUUCUUAUCAGUU